CAUGCAUAGCUCUGCCUUACUAGCUAGUAGGCAGGAGCUCCAUUCCGAUUAGAAGAAUUUGUGAUGCGUGCUUUCGUCGAAUAAAAUUGCAGAGCGGCCAGAGACAUGCGAAGCCCGAAAGAGAAAAGUAAAACCGCACCAUCAACCCACCUCCACAUCUUCGAUCGUCCUUCGGUCUUCUUUUGACGCCUUCCCCAUACCGGUAAUACCGGCAGAGCAACAGGAGUGAUCGAUGUAAUGCUCUUAUAACCUCUUAUUGAAUUCUAUCAUGUGGCCCAAAAUAAAGACCACAGUCGCAGUUUUUCUUGGGGUAUGCACCUUUCGUCUGCUCAACACGUUUCUGGUCCAAUCCUUCUUUGAUCCCGAUGAAUUCUGGCAAACCUUGGAACCUGCCUAUUGCCAAGUCUUUUGGGCGAAUAAUCAGCACAAGUCUUCUUCCCUCAACUUGGACUGUGAAGGAUACACCUGGGAAUGGAAACGACGGCCCAUGGAUAAGACAAGUCUUUCGUUCUUGGACCGAUCUUUCCAAGGACCAAUACGAUCGUAUCUAUCGGUGCUACCCUUUCACUUCUUUUACCUUUGGUUGGAAAAAAGGAAGUGGGAUUCUCACUUUUGGGUAUCCCAAGGUCCCAAGUGGCUCAUGGCCAUCAUGGCGGCAGCACCUACCGAUGUGGCCGUUUGGAUUCUGGCACAUUGGACUACCAGCGUCAGUGAGGAACCUUAUUAUUGCCUCUUUUGCAGCAUGGCAUCGUGGUUCCAUGGCUAUACACUGGUUAGAACCUACAGCAAUACUAUGGAAACCACGCUCCUGACAAUCAGCAUGGUUCUUUUGGCGCCGGAAAUUUUGGGAAAAAAGAAUACUGCUAUGUACUGUACAAUGAGUUCGACAAUCCGGCACUGUCUUUGCUUCCUCUUGGGAGGAUGCAGUGUGGCCAUGAGGUUUUCUUCCAUCGCUGCAUGGGUUCCCAUGGGAGUGAUACUGGCUAUUCAGCAAUCACAGGAAAGCACGCAACAAUCAUCUGCCACUGCUUGGUAUUCAAAACUGCAACCUGCGCUUGUCACACUGCUAGGCACAUGUGCUGUCUUUGGUGCCAUGGGCAUUGGAAUAGCUUGCGUGGUGGAUUACUGCGUUUACGGCUUUUGGACGAUUCCCUUCCUGGGGAGUUUUCAUUUCAAUGUGCUACUGGGGAACUCGGCCUUGUACGGAUCCCAUCCUUGGCAUUGGUAUAUUACAGCGGGAAUACCGGCCAUUACAGGACUUUGGCUGCCCUUUGUCUUGAACGACUUGUGGUUGUUGGUUGUCGCAAAAAGUCCUCCUCCCAACAACACUAUGGCACGCCGCAAUGUAUGGAUAAUCAUUGCAACCUACGCACUAGCACAUUCUCUGUCCGGUCAUAAGGAGUUUCGCUUCCUGUUGCCCAUCCUGCCUCUGUUUUGCCUUCAAGCGGGACCGCAUGUCCGAUCAUUGGUGUUGUGGUUGUCCAAAGCACGUGCCACGAAUGGGCUUGUAAUGUUUUGGUUGGCAUUGCUCUUUCUACCCAAUCUCAUUGCCCUCCUUUAUCUGGGGCUGUUCCAUCAGAAUGCACCAAUCAGUGUGAAUCACAAGAUUGCAGCCAUGGCACAAGAGUACUCUACGAUGCAACAAAGCGAAAGCCAUUCACGGCACACGUUCUCUGUCCACUAUUUGACGGGGGCUUGUCACUCCACUCCUCUGCACAGCUAUCUGCAUGGCCCUGGUCCAGUGCGGUUCUCAACUUGGUCGUUGGACUGCUCCCCAUCCUGCCGUUCCGACCCCAAAAUCCUCUGCGAGAGCGAGCAGUUUGCCAAAGAUCCAGUAGGGUUUGUGGAUCAAGCUUACCCUGUGAUGGUGUCAGACCCAACCUCUUGCCAAGACUCCAUCGAGGGGUCCUGCUCUGCCAUGAAAUUGCCACCAGACUUUCUGGUCACGUAUGCAGACUAUGCCACCAAGCUGCAGUCUCGAAUAGAAACUAUGGGACUGCACGAAGUAGGGCGCUUCUCGCAUGGGAUCAAUGGUCUGAAGCUGGGGACGACGUUGCAAACUGGGGAUGGCUACGAUGGUGAGGGAAACGGUUUGACCAAAGAGGAGCUCGCGGGUACUUACAAAAGAAUAGGGUUGAUAGGGGGUGUUGUGGAACUGAGCAUUGACGAAAUGGUAUUGUAUGCCUCUGCUCACCUUCCCUGAGCAUGAUCCCACGAUGAACCUGGACGAGUAAGGCAAAACGGUAGGACAGACCUGACUGUCGUAGUCCAACUAUCUAGACAGUGUGGGUAGCAUGCUGUCGUUCUUCCCAACCCUGGCCUCUCUUCCAGAAACUUGAGAUGUAUGGGGCGAAAGGGAUAAUGAUCUAGGCGACUGUUAGAAUG